AUGACAAACACUAACGGCCCUAACGCUCCUAAAGGAGCAAUUGGGAGAGAGUUUAGGCCACGAGAACCUUUCACUCAUCGUUUACGUAAAAUUCUUGAAGAAUAUCCUGAUGGUUCUCAAAUUCUUCGUGAAAUUCUUCAAAAUUCAGACGAUGCUAAGAGUACCGAACAAGUUUUUAUUUUGGAUCAUAAUACAUAUCCAUCUAAUAGAUUAAUAAAACCAGAUUUGGUUAACUAUGAGAGAGCCAAUCUGAAACUUGGUAGAUAUCAAGGUCCUGCACUUUUAGCAAAAAAUAAUACCAUUUUUGAUGAAAGAGAUUUUAAAUCUUUGCUCAAAUUGGCCGAUAGUGAAAAACAAGAUCAAUUUGAUAAAAUUGGAGUGAUGGGAGUCGGUUUUAAUUCAAUUUAUCAUAUUACUGAUUCACCUUCUUUCAUUACUGGUGAUAAAUAUGUUAUUCUUGAUCCACAUGAAUGGUAUUUUCGUGGUGGCAUCGAAUUCGACCAUGUCAAAGAUAGAUUAGCCGAACAUUAUCCGGAUCAAUUCGCUCCUUUUAGAAUCCCGUGUAAUAAAAAUUUCGAAGGAACUAUUUUUCGCUACCCACUUCGUGAUUCUGAUGAAUCGGAAAUUUCUAAGAAAAUUUAUACAACUGAUGAAAUUAAAGAAAUGUUUCGUAAAUUUUACGAAAAUGAAAGCAUUAAUUGUUUAUUAUUUUUGAAAUACAUUGAGUGUAUCUCUUUUUAUGAAUUGGAAAAGGGCGCUAUUGAACCUAAAUUACUUUAUAAAAUUCAAUUAAUGAAUGCUGAAAAAGUACGACAAGAACGCCGUUUGAUAGUUGAAAAAAUUAUGCCAAUGAUGGAUUCAUUAAAUUCUGGGAAACUUGACGAAAAUCAACAAUUAGAGACGACUUAUGUUGCAUCAUUCAGUCGUCAGAAAGGAGAUUCCAUAGAGUCUAAUUCAAAAUGGUUAAUUUUGAAUUAUCUUGAUGAUUUACGCAAAACUGAUGCAUACUUUCAAAGUAAAUUCAAAAAAAAUAUUGGAGAAUAUAAGUUUGUACCAAAUGUUGGUUUAGCUAUCCCUUUGGAAAAUUUGAACGCUACCGGAAGAUUAUUCUGUUUUUUACCUCUUCCAAUUGAAAUGCCUUUCCUCGUUUCCGUACAUGGAUAUUUCGCGGUUAGCAAUAAUCGACGUUCUUUAUGGUCGCCCGCAGACGGUGAAGAUCUGGCGUUUGAUGCAUUAGCAAACUUAAAGAUUGAAUGGAAUAAAUAUUUAUUUGAAAAAGUUUUACCUAAAGCUUGGGUAAAACUACUUCAUGAACUCCCUAUUAAAAUUCCUAAUAUCGGAUCAUAUGAUAGAUUGUUGGCUGACAUUAAUUUACUCAAAAUAAUCGGAAACAUUGGAUUUCCUGUAAUAUCAGUUCCCUACGAUGUAAUUAGAGUCUUAAAAGAAUCUAAACACAGAAAUUCUCUUAGGGUUUUAUCUCCCGCCAUUAUUCGUACUUAUUUAAACUCUAACCGUAAUAGAUGGGAAUUUGAUGCAAUAUCGAGAAAAGAAGUCUUACAAUUAUUCAAGUUUAUAUUAGGUGAUAAAAAAUUUGACGAACUAGAAGGUUUCAAAAUGAUUCCACUUGCGAAUAAUACAUUUGAUACUUUAACAUUAUCCAGCAAAUCUUACAUGUAUAUUGAUAAGAUUACCGAAAAUAUUAAAAAUUAUAAUAACAGUCUCAUAAAUCAGUUGAAUAGUAACAAAUUAAUUGACAAAAAUAUUGACUCUGAGUUGUAUAAAAUUUUGUACGAUAACGCAAAAGUUAGAUGGAAUGGAUGUGACCUAAAUAUCAAAAUUUUAGAUGAAAUUGAAGUUAAGGAUCUAAUUUCAAUUAUUAGUGACAUAGGCGAAGAUAAAGAACUAUCAAUGGAUGAAAUAAAAAAUGUUAUUGAAAUUCUUAAACGAAUUGCAAAAAUUCAACAUGUUACUAAGAUAGAAGAAAAUGAUCAGGAAAUUUUGGAUGAAUUAUUGAUUCCAAGUACUAAAAAUAGGUUACUCAAAAUAAGGGAAAUUUAUUCUGAUGACUUAGGAAAUAUGCUUGACAAUGAAGAGAGAAGCGAGUAUAAUAUUGUUCAUAGUCUUGUGACUCAGAAUAUUGCUUCAGAAUUAGGAAUUCAAACUUUAAGAGGAAGAAUAUUUGGGAAUGAAAAUGAAGAAUGGGAAAUAUAUGGACAGCAUGAAUCAUUGACUACAAGAAUCAAAAAUAUUCUCAAUGAUUAUUCAAUGGAUUCCUUAUUUAAAGAAUUCCUUCAAAACGCAGAUGACGCUGGAGCUAAGAAAUUUUCAGUUUAUCUCGAUGAAAGACCAAAAUUUCAACAUAAUCCGUCUAAGAAAUCAUUAUUUUCAGAAGAAUUGGAAGUUUGGCAAGGUCACGCGAUAUGGAUUUAUAAUGAUGCAGAAUUUAAUGAUACUGAUUUCACUUCUUUACUUAAACUUGGCAUUGGAGGGAAAUCUGAUGAUGACACAAAAAUAGGAAGAUUUGGAAUAGGAUUUAACUGUGCCUUUCACGUUACAGAUUUACCUAGUCUUGUGAGCAGAGAGUAUAUUGCAUUUUUAGAUCCACAUGCAAAAUUUCUUCCAGAAUAUGGAUACCCUUCUAAAAAACGAAAAGGUGUUAAAAUUAAUUUUAUGAAAACGGAUUUUGGAAGUAAAUUUCCAGAUCAAUGCUACCCUUAUAUGGCCAUAGAAGGUUGCGAUUUUACAAAAGAGUUCAAAAGAACAUUGUUUAGACUUCCGCUUAGGACUCGUGCAUUGGCAGAAGACAGUAAAAUUUCUCAAGGAGAAAUUAAAAUCAAUAAUAUCCGCAAAAAAUUUAGCAAUAUACAGAGUAAUAAAGAAAUGCUUUUUUUAAGGAAUAUUGAAUCAUGUAGUUUCUAUAAUAUAGAAGGCGGAGAGACUCAAUUGAUCUGGAAAAGUCAAAUUCGCAAUAUUAAAAGUUGCCGUGAAGAUCGUCAAAAUAUUGUUGAUAAUAUUGUUGAUGCGCCAAUCUAUCAAUUAAAUAUUGAAAGAAAGGAUUAUAAAAAUAAUGAGCUAAGAACGAAAAAUUCAGAAAUAUGGCUUUUAUGUACAGGAGGACAUGAUUUUGAUAAGGAUUUAAUGGAGCGCAAGCCGAGAGGUGGAGUUGCUUCUUUGCUUGCUCAAUCCAAUGAUAAAUCAGAUGAAUCAUUUGAUAAAUUAGAGAAAUUGACUCCAAACCCUCCUAAACUCGAAGGAGAAGUCUUCUCUUAUUUGUCUCUAUCAAUCAGUACCAAUUUGGGAGUCCAUUUAAAUGGAAAUUUUUCAUUAACUAGUGCAAGAAGGGGUAUUUUCCAGUCAAAGAGUGAUUUACCGAGAAAAGAUAGUGAUAAAAACGUGAAACAAAAUCUAUAUAUACUGUAUGACGUCUUACCUGAUUUACAUGUUAAACUACUUGAUUACGUUGUGAAGAAGCACGAGAAUAAAGAAGCAAAUUUUCUUCCAUAUAUCAUGAAUAAUCUUUGGCCAAAUACGAAAGAUGUGACUAUGAACUUUUUCAAAAAUUAUGGUCUAAAUGUUAUUAAAAAACUAGGCAACGAUAUUCAUAGGAUUUUCUGGACUGAAGCUGAUGAUGGACAAUUCAUUUCAUUAAAGGACGCUAGAAUUUUUAGAAAUGAAGAGAAAAUAAUUGUUGAUAUAUUGGUCAGUUCGGGAAUUUCAGCUGUGAUGCUUGAAGAAGAUAAAAUCAAACAACUAAAUGAAAUUAUUGAAUCUGGAGAAUCCGAAUUUCCAUACAAACCUGUCAGCGGAGAGUCAAUUUGUGAAGACUUGCAAUUAAAAAUAUCUUCAAUACCUAGUUUUAAACGUGAGGAUAUGAUUGUAGAUAAAUACACUCAUGAUGAUUUGUUCAAAUUGCUUGAGUUUAUUCUCCAGGAUAAGAAUUCUUAUGAAAUUCUAUCCGGGUUACCAUUAGUUCCAUUAAGCAAUGGUUUGGUUGGAAAAUUUGGUGAAGUUUAUUAUGUUGGACAUGAAUUUCUAGACCUAUUUCCAGAUAUUGGCCCGUCAAAAUUUGUUUCCGCUGAUUUACUAGCAAAUCUAUCCAUAAUUUUUAAGGAUGAUUAUUUUUCUAAAAAGGCAAAUAUCAAAAUGUUUAACGCUUCUGCUGUCUUGGAUCUUUUAGGUAGUGUGUUAAAACCUGUAAGGGAAUUAAAUUGGAACCCAAAUGGAAAAAGUUUACCAGAUAGGAGAUGGUUUGAAAGAAUCUGGUUAAUAUUUAAUAAUGACGCAAGAAAUAUUGAUUUUGACAAACUAUCUAAAUUCCCUAUUUUAUCAACGAUUAAGCCUUCUAAUAUGCUUGUACGACCUGACAUAUCAAAUCCACUUAUACAAAACGGAAACAGUUUAUUCUCAUUAUUUGAUAUAUUAGUAAAGUUAAAAGUACGCUUUACUGAUAUGACAUUUCCAGAAAGUGCUCAUGAAGAUCUCAAAAAAUGCGUAAACGAAUGCACUGCCAUAAAUAUUAUUAAUUCCUUAGAAAGAGCUUGUUUACCUUCAACUAUGGAACGAUUGUUUGAAAAGCUAUCAUCUUCGGAAUGUGAAAAGUUCAGAACAUUUAUUAAGGAUGAACUUAAAACUUUAAUAGCGCAUGAGCAAAGUCAAAGAGGUUUCAUGAAAAUUCUUAGAUCUUUACCCAUAUGGCCCAUACAUUCAUCCGAAAAUAAGUUUAUUGAUGCCACAACCGGAGACCUUCCUCCGCGCAAACUCCCAUUUUUUUCCUUCCAUAAAAAAACAAAUUUUUACAGAUGUGAUCAUGAAUCCGAUUUCAAUGCACUUACUAAAUUAGGUGUAACCCCUAUGGAUACAUUAGAGUACCUUAAAGGCAUAGUAAAACAAGUUGUUGAUGAGUCUGAUCACUCUGAUGAGGAUGAGUUUGAACCUUCUCAAGCUUACGUUAUAUUCUUGCAAAGAGUUUUAUUAUUAAGAGAUCGAGAAAUUGAAAAAUAUCUUGGUCCGAAAGAAAUCAUUCCUAACAAGCCACUAAGUGAUUUUGCUCAUGUCGAUACUUUAUAUGACAUGAGCGUUCCUGUACUGCGUAGUAUUUUUCACGAUACCGAUAAGUAUUUUUUGCCACCAGAAUUACAAAAUAACCCCGUUUGUUUAGAAGCUUUGAAAAGAAUGGGUCUUAUUAGCACAGCGAAGGGUAUACCACUUCCUGAACGAAACAAUUUGUUUCAAAAAGACGCGCUACUUACUUCUUUGCUGGAUAAAUUGACAGUUGAACCCGACGAUGAUUAUCAUGAUGCCACCUUUAUCGUUGGUGAAGAGAGAAAAAUAAUCCGUGCUAAUAGAUAUGUGCUUUCAGCUGCUUCAAAAAAAUUUGAAGAAAAAUUUCGGGAUAACAUAAAUGAGAUUGAAAUAGAAUUUCAUCAAGAUGUAUUUAAAGUAUUUCUUCAAUUGUUAUAUGGACAAACUUUUAAAGACGCGACAAUACCUAUUUUGAGUACAGCAAGCGAUUUUAAAACUGAACAUGAAUUUAAAACUCAUUAUUUAUCAUUCUUGAUCGAUCUAUUGAAAUUAACUGUUUCUUAUGAAGUCAAACCACUAAGAAAUAAGGUAGAAGAUGCUAUUAUGGAAGGUGAAUAUGUUAACAUUCGUGAUUUGUAUAAAAUCAUAGAGUGUUUAAAAGAUUUUGAUGUUGAACAACGAUUGAAAGGUUUCUUUGAAGAACAUAUUAGGUCAUAUAGAAAUCCCAUUAAUAAACAACUUCGUAAAAAUGCGGUAACUGUGAAAGAAAAAUCAGAAAUAUCAAAAAUAUCACAAAAGUUACAACCAUACUUGCAAAAUAAGUGAAUAACAACCUUUGAUUGUAAUAGUGUUGCAUUAUAAAUUU